AUGUCUCACGCUGAGAGUGCACCACCUCCAUACCAAGAGCAUGACACAUCAAAUGGUGUCUUCAUUCCAGAUGAUUUUAAAUAUUCCACCAAAGUAAUAUCAUGCGAACCACAAGUAAGAGCUGAAUUUCAAAGCAAAGUUUAUUCCAUAUUAUCAAGUCAGUUGCUCUGUACAUUUGCAGUCUCGUACUAUGUAUCCAACUCUACAAGUGCUCAAAAUUUCAUCUUCAAUCAUAUGUUCCUUUGGUUCUUCGCUGCCAUAUUCUCAGUGGUAUCGUGCGUUUGGCUGUCAUUGAGCCCAAGGGCUGAAGAUUACUCCAAUGAAAUGGACUCUGAGCCUUUAUUGAAUAAUAAUGACAAUCACGUUCCAUGGUACAUUCUAUCGCGUAAGCAACAAAGGAUCUUACUGGGGUUAUUUACAUUAGCAGAAUCGUACAUGAUUUCAAUGGUGACGUUAACUUACAACCCUGAUAUAGUGUUGAGGGCCUUAGUGGUUACUACAGUUAUCGUUAUCGGAGUUACAGCCAUGGCUGUCUCUGGUAAGUUUGAUCUGGCAUUAGAAUCUGUCACCACCAUUUACAUCUGGCUAAGUUGGGCCGUUCUACUAUUAAUUGGUAUCGGUAUUUCAUCACUAAUAUUCGGUAUGAGUGAAAAAUGGGAUCUAAUUUAUGGCUGGCUCGGAGCCAUUGUCUUCACCAUCUAUCUUUUCAUUGACACUCAAUUGAUCUUCAGGAAGGUUUAUUUUGAUGAAGAGAUUAAAUGUGCAAUGAUGUUGUAUUUGGAUAUUAUCAACCUAUUCCUUUCAAUUUUAAGAAUAAUGUCACACAACAGUGACGAUUAA